GCAGGGGAUUUCGUGAUCCAGUUCAAGGGCCUGUGCUACUUCACCAACGGGACGCAGCGCGUGCGGGGUGUGGACAGAUACGUCUACAACCGGGAGGAGUUCUUGCGCUACGACAGCGACGUGGGCAAGUUCAUCGCGGUGACCGAGCGGGGGCGGGGCAUAGCCGAGGACUUCAACAGCCAGAAGGAGAUCCUGGAGCAGAAGCGGGCCGAGACGGACACGGUGUGCAGACACAACUACGAGAAGACGGAGGUCCCCACCGCCCUGAGGCGGCGUGAGCAGCCCAAGGUGGCCAUCUACCUGUCCAGGACAGAGGUCCUCAACCACCACAACAGGCUGGUCUGCUCGGUGACAGAUUUCUACCCGGCCCACAUCAAAGUGCACUGGCUCCGGAAUGGCCAGGAGCAGACGGAGGGGGUUGAGUCUACACAGCUUAUUCAGAACGGGGACUGGACUUACCAGGUCCUGGUGAUGCUGGAGAUGACCCCUCAGCGGGGAGAUGUCUACACCUGCCACGUGGAGCACCCCAGCCUGCAGAGCCCCGUCACUGUGGAGUGGA